CAAACUUGACGCCCGAAACGUCAUUUUCUGUCAGCUGUCAAAAGGUGAGGUUAUAAAUUUUAUAAUGGAUGUGGAUUCGGAAAGCACUGGAACUUCAAUUGACGAAAACACAGAGAAUUUCUGCGACAAUCCAACUCGGGACACUUUGGCCGAGGGUCUUAUGGGCUUAAUCAAGCCCACGGUGGACCAGCUAGACGAACGUGUGCGAGCCACAAGGAUCUCUCAGUUGGAACUAAAACAGUGUAUUGAGACUCUCUGCGAAGACCUGAAGAAAAUCAACGAGAAUCAACAAUCAACUGUUGAUCUUGAUGCUUACGUCAAAAAGCUUAUCAACGCGAAACAGAGAGUGACUGUGUUAUCCAACAUUUUGCAAAACGUCCAAGACCGGCUCAACAAAGUGCACGCGUCUAUUGACAAAGAAACAGUCAAGCGGAAAGUCAUUUUGAAUAAUACCAUAGAAGACCAUACCCCUUAA